AUGGCCGCUUCUUCUGCGCUCAGCUGCACUCCGGCACGCCCGCUGACCAACACGUCAUUUGCGGCCACCUCGGAGCUGCUUGUGGCUGCAGACGCGCCCGACGGGGCGGCGUUGUAUGCGUUAGGGGACCCUCAAGCGCCGCCGACCUGGUUGGCCCACGAUGGCGCGCUCGCCGCGGGGUUUGCGCCGCCGGAGCUUUGCUCCGAUCCCCGGCCCAAUCCCACUAUCAUCACAGCGUCGACAGACAGUCUUUGCUGGUGGUCAGCUGUUGUCCUUCGAGAUCCAGACUCGGGCGCAGUAGUGGCGACGACGGCGUCGCUGAUCGCAGAGACCCCGCUUGGCCUCCCGGCGCUGCCGCACCCGCUGCCGCGCUCAGGCACGCUGGUGUGGGCGCCCGACGCUUCUCGCCUCGCUCUUGUCCUUGGUGCCACCAUAUGUGUUUACAAGUUCCCAGACGCCGGCUUUGCCGGCGUGGCACUGGCCGCCGUCCUCGUUGGUAACGAUGGCCCAGUCAUCGACUGCGCGUUUGGCGCGUUCCCCGGCGCCGAACACCUGUUGUUCUCGGUCGCGCCUGCCGACGGUACAUUCAAGGUGUGGAAUCUUGAGACACGCGACUUUGAGUUUGUAUCGCCGGUUCUGGACGCGUACGGUGUCGGCGAUGCCGUCGCCUCGGCCGAUUUAGCUUCCAUCGCCUCGCUGGCAGAUGCUGCCCUCGUCGCCAUCGGCACGACUGCGGGGCACGUCCACCUCUACCGGUUCGAGCUGCCAAGGAGUGGCUCGCUUGAGCGCACUUCCUUUACCUCACUUCGCACUCUCUCGCUCUCAUCGUUUGCCGGUCGCCUUGCCGAGGCCGGUGCCGUCGAAGCUGCCGAACGCGACCUGGCCACCAAGCCUGUUGUCAUCUCCUCGCAGCCGCGUUGGAAGGUAGAUCCCUCGUCGGCGCUUCCUGGCUUGACCGAUAUCCAUGCCGAACGCGCAGCAGUGAUUGAGCUGGCUCGCGCGGCUGAAGCCUCGCGAUGGGCAAGCGCGGCCGAUGGAGCUGACACGCUUCCAGUCCUGGCCAUCCUCCCACUUGCCACGUCAUUUCUCCUCUGUUCGCCGCGCUUGGUCUGCUCCCUUGAUGCCCUCUCGUCGAGCCCCACUGUUGUGGCUGCCGUCGAUGGUUUUCUGCUUCCGAAUGCGCUCGCUGAGAGCGUGGCGAGCAUGCCGCUUGCCGGCGCGUUUGCACUCGUUGGGCCAACGCCUCAACUCCUCGUCGGCGCGCUGGCCACACCGUCGGUGUCUGUUGUGCCGUUGCCUACGCUUGGGCUCCUUUCCUCUGAGAGCCUUGAUGCGCCGAGUGUGUUACAGCCGGAGCAAGUUGACCUUGCUCUCUUUGCUUCCCGACCCGAGCUGAUGGGCUCGCUCCUUAUCCCGCGUGGGCGGACCAAGCUCAAGGCGAGCAAGCCGGCGCGCGGCCGCGGGCGUAGUCGUGGACGUGGACGUGGACGCGGGCGCGGUCGCGGGCGUGGACAAGCUGUUGCUAUGCCCAAGACCUCGGGAUAUGGCGUGACCCAUGCCAAAGUCAAACUGUUUUCUGGCUCGAGUGCGCGACGGACAAAGGCGGCUGAGGCGGCUCGUGCCAAGGCCAAGCGAAAAGCCACUCCUGCGCGGAAGAUCCGGGUCCAAGGCGAGACGCUUGCCAAACUCCGCGCUGACUCGGGGUACCACAGCCUUGCUGCUGCACACGAUGACAUGGCGUGGGAAGCACAGGCCAAGAACAACCUGGCGCUGCCGCUCCAUGCAAGCGCCAUCACCUCACUCGAGUACGCACCGACUGGUAGCGUACUUGUCUCGGCCUCAGCUGACUGCACGGUGAAACUCACCAAGCUCCCGGUCUCCAAGUACAACGGCGCAUCGGUGCUGGACGCAGUUGGACGGUACCCCAUGGCGAGCGCAAGCCUCACGCCAGCCGGCCUCGCCACGCCGCUUGUUCUCGCUCGCUCGUCGCGCGAGCUUGCUCUCUGGGCUGGAUCGCCGCUCUCCGGUGUGACUGACCCGCUCGUUCGUGCUACGCCGGGCGAUGCGCUCUCCGACGUCGGCCCGCACGCCACAUGGACCAGCGCGCAGUUCUUUGGCUUUGCCGAUGCCCGGCUUGUUCUCGCGGCUUCGGGUGCGACCGCCGCGCUGCUCCGGUACAAGGUUGAGUUGCCGAGCACAGCCAACCCGACACCGCGCGCAGACAGAGGUGCGAUGCGGGCUGUGGCAUCAGUGGCACUCGAUGCCCAAGGUAUUGUCGGCCUUGCUGCUCACGCGCCUGCGCACAAUGGUGUCGUUGAGCUGGCAGGCACCCAUGCGGUCCUCGCUGCGUCAGACAAGUCGCUCACCCUUGUCGACUGGGCAGCUGGCGGCGCAGUCGUGGCGAGUGGCCUGGCAGAGACUCGACGGACGAUCCAGACGUUGGCGCUCCCAUCGUCUGGACUCGGUCUCCCGCAGCAUCCUUGGCUCACCGCGGUGGCGUCGGCAGACUCGCGGAUCGGGCUCUAUGACCUGCGCACGCUUGGGCUGCCGUCGGCUGGACCGGUGCGGGUUGUUGAGGGCCAUACCGCGCGGAAGAUGGGUGUCGGCCUAGACUUUUCGCCAUGCGGCCGCUAUCUGGCCUCGGGCUCGGAAGACAAGUGUGCGUACGUGUGGGACCUGCGCUCAUCGGCCUCACCGCUCUCCAAGCUCCGCGGCCACGCGGAUGUCGUCGCCGCUGUCGCCUUUAACCCUGUCCAUCCGCAGCUCGCCACAGGCUCGUUUGAUGGCCGGCUCCGGUUCUGGGUUGUUGCAUGAGCUGCCGUUUACACCUUGCCUUUGUUCUUGCUCUUGCUCUUGUUCUUGUUCUUAUCUUUCGUCUUGGCCUUUGACUUGGCCUUUGUCUUGGACUCGGACUCGGGCUCCGGCGUAGGCUCAGGCGUAGGCUCAACUGUGGGUCCGAUAUCAGCGCUGGGUUCAGACGUGACCUGGUCGACCACGCCGUUCUUUGGCUUGUUCUUCCUCUUGGCCUUCCCCCUGGACUUCCCUUUGUCCUUUUCCUUGCUCUUGGAUUUGGGCUGUACCUUGGCGUCGGGUGCGGCCUCGACACCUGUGCCAGAAUCCUCCCUCCUCAAACCAACCGCAUUGUUGGCAGCGUUCUUGUCCUC